AGCGGCCGAAUCUCCUCAAUUUACUCCUCCGUUAUUUCCUCACAGAAAUCAACGAUUUACAUCCACUCCCUCCUCCUUCUGAGAAACUACCAAGAAAACAAAGGAAAGAGGAAGCAAAAGAAAAAAGAAAAAAGAAAAAAGAAAAAAAAUGUCGCCAUUGAUCCCUUGUUAACUUGGGAAGAAGGAAAGGGAACAUUAUUUUUUUUUUCACCACCAAUUGCAUGAUGGUGCAAGCCUCCGGCGGAAAUCUACAGUGCAUUAACUUUGUAUCGCCGGACAUGGUGAAUGAAUGGACCAAGUUUGUACCUCUCAUUUUGAUGUAUGUUCUUAGCAGGAUCGCCCACCAUAUUCUAAGACCUCUGUCCCAACCUUACAUAACUUCUGAUAUUAUUAUUGGACUUUGUAUGGGCGCCUUACAACUAGUUCGGAAGUCACUUGGGGAUCAAAUCAUUUUGAUUUUAGAAAACAUAGCCGAUUUUGGGAUGAUUUGUUACAUGUUUGUGUUGGGUUUGGAAAUGGAUCCUUUCGUUAUCUUUAAGCCGCCAAUGCGGGACGCCAUGCUGGCUUACGCUGGGAUGCUGACCACCUUGAUAUUAGCCUGCGCCAUAACCCCAUGGUUGCAUUACUCCCUUGAUCCCGAUGUUAUCCGAUUUACCCUCUGCCUCGCCGUCAGCCUCUCUGGCAAUGGCUCUCACGUCCUCACUCGCCUCAUAACCAAUCUCAAAAUUGGCAAAUCCGAUGUAGGAAAGCUCGGGAUUGGAGCAGCGGUGCACUCCGAUAUGAUCACCAUGCUUCUCCUUUCGAUUGGCUUUGUUCUGUUUCCACCAGGGUACCUCACCACCACCCCCCAAGAACGCCUCAAGGACACCAUCAAAAUGGGUUCGGCGCUGAUGAUCCAAACCAUUUUGGCAGCAAAACUUUCUCCAAUUUUCAUGAAUUGGGUUAACAACGAAAAUCCUGAAGGAAAGACCCUCAAAGGUUCACAUCUCGUGCUCUCUAUGGCUUUCAUGGUCAUAAUCUGCAGCUGCGCUCCAUGGUAUGGAUACAGCCCCUUCAUGAGUGCGUUCAUGGCGGGACUCUUCUUGCCAUCGGAAGGGAGAAUAUCGAAAUGGGCAAUCAGUAAAAUCAAUUACACGUUGACCAUACUCUUCUAUCCUCUCUUCUUCUUGUGGAUUGGGUGUAGACUUGAUUUAGGUGCUUUUAAAGGGCUCAAACCAAUUACCUGGGCAAAUUUUUUUAUCCUGUUACUCAUAACAACGCUCGGAAAAGUCGUUGGAACUGUCAUCUGCGGUAUUAUGUUGGGUUUCCAUUGGCCGGAGUUGAUCUCGCUUGGAUUGCUUUUAACGGCCAAGGGCCAUUUCCAUGUAUACUUUGGCGUCUAUGCUUUCAGGAAACAAAGUAUAGAUAACACAACCAGCUUAUCGAUGUUGUUCGUUGUGUUCUUAUCGGUGGUGCAAAUACCGUUCCUCGUGAACUGUAUCAUCGAACGUGCGAGGCAACGGGUCCCGAUUCACCGGAUGGCGCUCCAGUGGCUAGAACCGACAUCGGAACUCCGAAUCUUGCUCUGCUUUCAUGGCCCUCAUAACGUUCCUUCUUUAAUUAACUCCACGGAAAUUUCCAGGGGGAGACCGAACCCGGGGAUUGUUGUUUAUGUGACCGACAUGAUUGAACUGACAGACGAAAUCGCCGCCACACUGGUGAGAAACAAUGAAGGGGCGAAAACCCCCACCGUGACUGACAAGUCAGUAACGGAGAUGAGAGACCAAGUUACCCAUAUGUUCCAAUCAUAUGUGGAUGAAAAUGGCGAAGGAAUCACCCUCCGCCGAAUGCUAGCUCUGUCGACCUUCAAUGACAUGGCCCAAGAUAUCAGUGCUUUAGCAGAGGACUUGAUGGUGUGCCUCAUCAUCUUGCCAUUCCACAAGAAUAUGAACGCCGAUGGGACACUAGACGGGGGCCAUCCUGGGUUUAGAUAUGUCAAUCGUAAGCUUCUUAGGAAUGCCAAAUGUUCAAUCGGAAUUCUGGUCGACAGAGGAUUCGGAUCGGUACAAAAAAUAUCAAAAGCAUCGCCUCUUAUGGUGGCUAUCAUUUUCAUUGGUGGGAAAGAUGAUCGGGAGGCAUUGACCUAUGCUGGUCGAGUAGCUUGGCAUCCAGGAGUGAAGCUCACAGUGAUAAGAUUUCUAGUAGAUAAAAACUCAGAAAACGCACCGAGGAGAGUGAACCGAAGGGCAAGUGUGGCGGAGCAAGAAGAAGAGAUGAAGCUUGAUGAUGAGAGCUUCGCCCUUUUCUAUGAGAGAUACAUAGCAGGAGGGAAUGUUGCUUAUACUGAGAAGCAUCUUGCUAAUUCAUCUGAGACCUUCAACACGCUCAGGUCACUGCAAGAGCAGGAGUACUCGCUUAUCAUUGUAGGGCAAGGUGGGAGGGUGAAUACAGUAUUGACAAUGGGACUUAAUGAUUGGCAGCAAUGUCCAGAACUGGGUCCUGUGGGAGACGUUCUUUCAGGGUCUGGUAUAUCCAGCAAGACCUCCAUUUUGAUAAUCCAACAACAGAGUUUAAAAGGACAACUAGAUGGUCUCAGCGAUGAGUUCUCCAUCAUGUAAAUGUCAGUCCUGUCACAAUAGUUUUUAAACUUUAGGGUGCCAGUAUGAACCAGAUUACUUCUAGAUUGUAGUUGAUAGAUAGGUGAUAAAAGAUUUGUCAUCCU